UUUUUACACUUUUGUACGACGUUUCACUGGAGAUAUCAAGCAUUGUGUGAAAGAGCUUCUUGGUCCAGGUCCUUAAGUAGGUGCCUUGACAUCAUCAGGACAGCCAUGAAGGUGAACCAGUUGAAUGAUUAAAGUUGAUUGCUGGUUGAUUGGUUGUGAUUGGAAUGUUAGAUUCGUGUAAUGCGGUGAAUCUAUUUUAUAUAUGAUUUUAUUAAUUAUAUUCAGGUGUAUUUUGUUAGAAAUGAAGCAGUUAAUUGUUAAUUAGUCAAUAUGGUUAGUUAGUAUUCCGAUCCAAGAUUAUGACUAUCAAUUUAUUUUCUGUUUACUCCAAUUUUAUUCCCUCGUGAAGAAACACACACUUCUCUGCGAUAUAAGAAACCUUGUCCCCUUAUAACCUGCAGAUGGACUUUCCCCGAUCAUAUUCCACAACAAAAAUUGUUGAGAUGAUUACACAAGACACUCAGACUGAGUUGGAGAAGCUCCGAUCAAUUUGGAUAUGGGUGUGCCACAACAUCGGAGUGGAGUGUGAAGAGGUUGUUGGAUAUGGCAAGACCCUCGGUCACGUACCGUUCCAAAUUGAGGACCCUAAUCAUGCCUGGAACGCUGUACGCAUUGGUGGUCGCUGGUAUUUACUGGACGCCUGCUGGGGAGCUGGUGCAGUCAGUAAUGAAACGCAAAGCUUUAAUCGCAGGUGCCGUAUUACACCACAAGCAACACUCCUGGUUUUCUUGAUUCAAAAUCUCAUUGGAGUACAUUGGCAAUUAAUAAACAUGAUCUGUAUAUACACAAUGAUUAAAGUAAUUUUCUAUCACAACAUUCCAUGCAAACUGCAUCUCACAACGCUGCACAAUCCACAAUCACGGAGUAAACUUAAUAAUUAUUUUACCUACUCGAUUGUUUUCUCCUUGAUGGAUUGUAUGCUUAUAACUGUAUGCAGGUACAAUGAAUUUUACUUUCUUGCGGACCCAAAGAAAUUUGUAGAAUCGCACUGGCCUAAAAUUUCGAAAUGGCAACUAAUGGAGCACCUUGUCAGUCGAGAAGACUUUGAGUAUCGGGUGCUGAAGGACUUCAGAUUUUUUAAUUUGGAACUCAAGCUGGCGAUGACAGACCAUUGGAGUUAUAAAUGUAUUUACAUUGCUUUUUUUGGUUUUUCCUUUGCAGUGAAUGGAGUGGCUGAGGUGAUGCUUGAAAACAGCAAGGCUCCACUGGAAUACUCCUACACGCUAACUAAAGUAGAAACAAAAAGUGAAAGCACUAAACUUAGUAAAUCACAUGGUCUUAUGAGCAUUCAGAGAGAUAGCAUGAAGCUGCACAUUUUCCCACCUCAGCCAGGUGAUUACAACUUGAGUAUAUUUGCAGCAGAGGCCAACAAAAAUGGUGAAUCCAGUUUGGACUGGGUGUGUUCCUUUAAGAUUCACUGUGAAAAGCCUGGCAUUAACCCUGUAGAAAUGCUGCAAUUGAGUCAUCAUUGUGGGCCUGGGUUAAAGACUGAGGCAUUGGGCCUGCAUUCCCCCAGUCAGCCGUCUCCAAUUAUUUACACACCUGAUGGAAGAUGUGAAGUUGCUUUUCAAAAGUCUGCCAAUCAGUGUGUAAAUUUCACGGCCAGCCUAAUCGAUAAAUCAGCAAAGAAGUGCGAUAAUCAUGUAAUUCUCAGAAACACUCCAAAUGAGAUAUCGCUAGUCAUUCGCCUCCCUGAGCCUGGAAACUACCAAUUGCAGAUUUUUGAAAAUUCAUCACCCGAAGCCCAGAGCUUUAAAUUUCUCUGUGAUUAUGUGAUUGUGUGCUCCGCACAAAUGAAGGCAUUUUCUUGGCCACCAUUUCCUCAAACUUACAGUAAUUGGAGUGAUCUGGGAUGUGUGCUGAUUGAGCCCCUGGCUGGUGUGCUGCCACCAGACCGCAAGGUGCAGUUUGCUGUGAGUGUCCCGACUGCUGUCAAGGUGGUGGUUGAGACAUCAGGAGGCGGUAGCUCUCGGGUAGUCCUUGAACAAGGCUCCAGUGAACAAAGUGAAAUGUGGCACGGAGAAAUCACUACCGGAGGUGCUAAAUCAACAGUCAAAGUGAUGGCGAUGUUGAGCUCAAGAUCUAUGACGUAUCAGUACAUAUUGUCAUAUGACGUGGAAUGACGUCAAAAACAUAAUUCUUCAUAAUGGAGAAUAGUUUAAAUUCUGAAAUUAUAUUAUGUAUAUAGAGCUAAUAAAAUUCAUCUACAGUAUAGCUCGAUAAACUGUGGGUACAUUCAGCUCAGCAGAAUUUCCAUUCCGUUAUCUGUAGUAAAAUUCUCGUUUUACAUGAUUCAUUUUCCACACACUUGUGAAUAAUCGGUUGAAUUUUCCACUCAGCUUUUCUUAUCCAUUGAAAUCGGCAGUCGAAUACAUCACAAAUAAUUAAUAAAAUGCUAGUGCAUGCAACACAUCCGCAUAAUAGUUGCAAACCAUUAAAUAUUGCGCAAUGAAAUGCCGAUUAGGCUCCUUAUCAUCAAGUUAACUCUUACACAAACAUAACAUUUACAAGAUCAGUGUGUGUGUACUUGUGGCAGUGCACACACCUUACUCACAGUGAGUCUCGAUACUAACCUCUAUGCUUUUAUUUGUGGGAAACUCAGACAAAAUUGGAUGCAAUUUCGACUCGGCUUCUCGUAUUUUUAAAAACAUUAAAAGUAAAUCACUACCCCCAAUACACGGAUAAGAGGAUUAAAAUGUAACUGGCUCAACCCCGCGUUAAAAAAUCAAGGAAAUGAAAGUUGUGGAUGAGAGUAGUGCAGCUGUAAUUUAUUGUUGUUCAUUCUUGUUUUAAUAUUUAAAGUAUGUAUGAAUGCUCGACGACAUCAGCUUCUGAACAAGCUUAGACGACCGAGAUAAUGUGUUUAUUAUGCAGUCAUGGUGGUAUGAAGACAUUCAUUUAUAUUUGGUACAUUAUUCUGAGAAAUUUCACGUAAUUCAUAUGGCCUGCCAGUAAACGCAGCGGGUGAGUGAGGGCUGCGUUUGCCGAAUUGUCUGUGAUCAUUGGCAAGCCACAUCUCACACGACUCACUCUUGCGUCCCACAUACGGUUGCCACCUUUCUCGGAGCUCCCAGUACCUGUAUCUGUCCUGGGAAAUCUGUCGGUCUUCCCGCAACAUUAAAAGUCCCUGUUUUUGUCAGUUACUUAAUAAUAACCCAUCGGCCAAAACAAUGCAUUUAUCAUGCAAUUCUUUUCUAGAUUUGAAGCUUUCGUGACUGCAAGGA